AUGAGCGACACCUCCGAGUUAGCAAAAGGCUACACUCUCGUCAACGAUACACAAUACAAAGCCGGACAGUAUCUCCUCGAAAAACUCGCUCUCGUCCAUACCCCCAACAUCCAAAUCCUCGACAUCGGCUGCGGACCCGGCAAUCUCACCGCGUACAUUUCCUCGCUUCUCCCAGACGGAAAAGUAAUCGGUAUCGAUCCCAGUUCUUCUCGUAUCGCGCUCGCACUCUCGAGUUAUGUAGAUCAUACCAAUCUUGAAUUUUAUGAAGGCAUCGCGGAGGAUCUUGCACGAUUUGGGGAUGAGAGAUUUGAUGUGGUGUUUAUGAAUAGUACGUUUCAUUGGGUUGGGGAUCAGGAAGGGGCGUUGAGGGAAUGUUUCAGGGUGAUAAAAAAAGGAGGAAAACUUGGGAUUUCGGGGGGAUCCGGGGAUUUCGAGGCGCUGCAUGAGAGGAUUAAGAGGGAGGUUUUGGGGAGAGAACCGUAUGGGAGGUUUGUGGAGGAGGAGAGUGGACCGAGGUUUUUGGGAAAGAGGGAGGGAUAG